UGUUUUUUCCCCCAUUUUUUUCCCGUUUUUCCCAGUUCUUUUCCCAAUGUUUUUCCCGUUUUUCCGCAGGCGAAGCCGGGUGGGAUCAAGGGCCCCCCCCAGCCCCUGGGGGGCGGGAAGGCCCCGCCCAUGCUGGAGGCGAAGCUGGCGCUGAAGAAACCCCCAGUGCUGCAGCCCAGUAAGGAGGCCUGCCUCCUGGAGCAGCUGCACAAGCACCAGGGCUCGGUGCUGCACCCCGAGUUCCGCACCCCCUUCCGCUCCGUGGGCGACGCCCUGCGCCGGCUGCUGCCCUACCACGUCUACCAGGGGGUGCUGCCGGGCCAGCCCGAGUGCCAGAGGGUGGACGAGGAGUUCGAGGCGGUGUCGGAGCAGCUGCUGCGCCGCACGCGAGCCAUGCUCAACAAAUACCGGCUGCUGCUGCUCGAGGAGUCACGGCGCUCCAGCCCCUCGGCAGAGAUGGUGAUGAUCGACAGGAUUUUCAUCCAGGAGGAGAAAACGGCGCUGGCGCUCGACCGGCAGCUGGCGCGGGACCGGCCCG